AGUGGCAUUUCACACGCUGUAGCGCUCACUCGUGGUGAAACCGAAGGUCACCUCAUCCCAUCGCAGCGGCUUGUUCACGGGAAUAAAAGUUGCUCUGUAACUAUUCAAUAACGAAAUGGACGGUUUUGAUAAUUUCAGUGCGUCGGAGAAAGCCGAGGCGUCGGAGCUUCAGCGUAUGAUCGCUAUAGAGCAACAGAAAGCUCAGUUCCAGGCCCAGGUGCACACUUUUACUGAUGUCUGCUGGGACAAGUGUGUGGACAGUCCUGGCUCGAAGCUGGAUUACAGGACCGAGACGUGCCUGCAGAGUUGUGUUGAGCGUUUCAUCGAUACCACCCUGACCAUCACCAACCGCUUUACACAGAUGGUGCAGAAGGGCACCCAUUAAUAAUGGACUAAAGAUGCCAACAGGACUGUGUAACAACAUAAAUAAGAUGUAUUCCUAACAAAUUGCUAGAAGAUAAUGUGAAGGGGACAAGGUUUUUUUUAUGACUUACUGUUUAAGCUUUCGUCUGGUGGAGCUUGAUGGGAAAUUGCAUGGUUGUAGCUGCAAAUGGCAGCAAGAAGUACCUGUUUGAAAUGAGAAGCCAUGUAAGGUGACAUGAGUAAAGUGACUCAAUGUGCUCAUGUUCAGCA